AAAGCAAAGAUUCGCCAAUGGUGACUGUAGCUCGCAGCAUGAAGGAAACACUAAACUUAACUUCAAAGCAUUAACAAUUGGCAUAGUGGCAAAUAUUUUACUCUUUUCUAUUGGCAAAACUAUACUGUUUGCUCCAUUUUGCUUUAGUAAUGCGAGUGCUUCUCUCUCUCUCCUCUCUUCACUUUUAGCAGCUCAGAACCACCGCCGCAGCCACCCUUCCUCCGCCGCGCUCUCAGCCACCCCCAUCCAACAACACUUUUUCUUCUGGGUUAGACUUGAAGAUCAGUAUAUUUCUCUGAAAAAGUGAAAAUCCCCAAUUUUUAUAAAUUGGAAGUCAGGAUGUCUGAUUCCAAGAAGGAUGCUACGUUCUCGUUGAAAGCUAUGGUGAAUGAAGAGAAAAGGAAGGUUCUAUUCGCAGAUGUCGACAGCACCUUUGCAGAUGUGUUGUUGAGCUUCCUCACAUUGCCAUUGGGAACGAUCGUGAGAAUCUUGAAGAAGCACUAUGAAGAUGAACAGCCUGUGUUUGGAAGCUUAACCACUUUGUACAAUGGUUUAGAAAAUCUUGAUAGUGUCCAUUUUUGGACAAAAGGUGCUAAAUCGAUUCUGCUCCAUCCACAAAGUUCAUCCGAUGCUCCACGUAAAAUGCUAAAGCUUGAUGUUAGUGAUUCCCCGCCAGCUGAGUACUUCGUUUGUGAAAAGGACUGCGAUAAAAGUACUAGGUUUUACAGCAAAAGCAUGUACUAUGAUAAUGUCAUAGCAUGCAAAUACAGCAAAUCUCAUUCAAUGAAAAGAAAAGUAGCUGGUACUCCAACUGCUCCUUGUGAUGAUGGAGUUUUUACCAUUAAUACAGCGUCUUUCGUUGUCACUGAUGAUCUACGUAUAGUUCCUACUUCUUCGGGGCUGUUGCAGAUUGUCAGCUUUCUUGGCAUUACAGACAUGGACAAGGCCAAGCAAGUAAAUGUGACUUUUGGGUAUGCUGAGGUUAUGGCUUUGCUCAAGGCUUCCUUGAUGUCCCCGACCCCAUUGUCGGAUGUCAUAUUCAAUAAAACAGGACAGAUGAAGUCUACAACAUUGAAACUUCAACAUAUGACUUUAUCGGAUCAAAUUGGAAAUGCACCAACAUCCAACUCCAAGAAGAUGACUUUGAAAUUGGUUGUACAAGAAUCUACUAAUAAGGUCUUGUAUGCUCAAGCCGAGGAAGAUUUCGUAGAGCUUUUGUUCAGCUUCCUCAUAAUCCCACUAGGAGGCGUGCAGCGCCUUCUAGCGAGUAACUCUCUUAAUAAGUGUAUGGACUUAUUAUACAUGAGUGUGGCUGAUCAUAUACACAGAAAAUACUUGAAGACUGGUGCAAGAAACUUGCUAAUCAAGCCCAAGAUACCUCACGGCUAUGUUUCCGAAAACCACAUUCUUCCUCUCCCUGAAGAAGGCUUGCCUGGUUUCUACCAAGAUAUGUUGAAUCUUUUUUCCUCUGUGAAGUUUCCAAAUGGCCGGGGGAAAUACCUCAAGGCACCGAGAACUUUCAUGGUGACCGAUGAUUUAACUGUUACACCUCUUUGCAUUACUUCGGCGCUUUCCUUUCUCAACGAGAUGAAAAUCCCUAUGUCUGAUGUCAAAGAAGUUGAACUGCAAAUUGGAUUGAAAGAGGCUUUAGGCAUAUUGAGAACAUCCCUUACAUCUGAUUCUAUUACGAAGCUUUUAAAGGCAUCAUUGACGUCUCCAACUCCAUUAUCGGACCUCAUCAUGAAUAAAACGCAAGAGAUGAACAUAAACUCUAGAAUGAUGGAAUCGGGUCAAUCAAAUAUCUCCUCACCUGAGAUUGCAAGGGAAGAAAAUCCCAAGUCUAGGAAAUUGAGUUUGAAAGUGAUGAUACAAAAGUCUUCGGGUAAGUUUUUGUAUGCUCAAGCUAAUCAAGAGUUUGUGGAGUUCCUAUUUAGUUGCCUCAAUAUUCCUCUAGGAGGAGUUGAGCAUCUUCUUUCCGGUAAGGCUUGCGUUACGGCUAUAGACAACUUGUACCGGAGCACACUCGAUGUUAUAGAUGACAAGUAUUUCAACAGAGACAUGAAAAAGAGACUAACGAAACCUAAUGUGGUUCAUGGUUGUAUUUCCAAACACCACAUUCUUCCCCUCGUUGAAGAGCCGUUGCCUUUUGCUUACUAUGAUGGUUGUUACUUUUCUACUUCUAAGUUUUACAAAGGCCCUGGGCGUUAUCUUGAAGGACCGCGAACUUAUCAGGUGAAGGAUGAUUUAACCGUGGUGCCCUUUUGUACUGUCUCGAUUCUUUCCGGUCUCAGGGCCAAGAGAAUCUCCAUAUCUGACGUCGACGAAGUGGAGAUGCAAAUCGGACUCAAAGAGUUUGUUGGUGAGAUCAUUUGA